CUGCCGCUGCUGCAGGCGCUGCAGGAGCGGGCGCCGGGCGGCCGCGGCUGGCGCGCGCCGGCGGGCGGGCAGCCGCUGCGCUACAUGCUGCAGCUGUACCGGCGCGCCGCCGACCACCACGGGCGGCCCCGCCGCCACCGCCGCCCUGCCACCAACACCGUGCGCCUCGUGCGGGCCAGCGCCCCCGUGGGACACGUGUGGGCAGGUCGCUGGUACGUGCAGCCGCUCACGUACCACGUGGAGGGCCGGCGCGCGGGCGAGCGGCUGCUGCGCGCCGUGGUGCUCUACCCGCAGAGCCCGCCCGCGCCCGGCGGCCGCCUCCUCUGCGCCCUGGAGCCCUCCGCCGCCGCCGCCACGCUGACCCCGGGCUCGGCCGCGGCCCACGGGCAGCCCCGCGGCUGGGCCGCGGCCGACGUCACGUCGUACGUGCCAGCGGGCACAGCGGCGCUCCACCUGCGGCACGUGUGCGUCCGCGCUGGCAGCGCCAAUGCCACCUCCGCCGUCCCCAGCGAGCCCUUCCUGCUGCUCUACCUGAACGACACGCAGGCCGGCGUGCUGCCCCGUCCGAGCACCACCGCGCCGCUGUCACCGCCGCACCGGCGGGCCCGCGAGGCGCCGGAGCUGCCCGGUGCGCCGCGAGAGCCGGCGGGCGCCAAGGGCGAGUGCUCGCUGCGCUCCUUCCCCGUGAGCUUCGCGCAGCUCGGCUGGGAGCACUGGAUCAUCGCGCCGCACCGCUACAACCCGCGCUACUGCAAGGGCGCCUGCCCGCGCCUGCUGCGCUACGGCUACCACGCGCCCAACCACGCCGUGGUGCAGAACUUGGUGCACCAGCUGGUGGAUGCCAGCGUGCCGCGGCCCUCCUGCGUGCCCUACCGCUACAGCCCCAUCAGCGUCCUCAUGAUCGAGCACAACGGCGGCAUCCUCUACAAGGAGUACGAGAACAUGAUYGCAGAGUCCUGCACGUGCCGGUAAUGCCCGCGGCCGCCGACGCUCUGCUGCCCCGUGCGCCCGCUGCCUCCGGACUUUUUAGAGGGCUCCACUUCGGUUUUUCUUCCGGYGGACCGGGCUGUCCCGUGGCCGCCCCCACCGUGUUGGUGCGGCGCUCGUCGGGCGAGUUUUACGGUAGCUUUUUAUGUGAAUUGUGAGGUUUUUAAAGGCAGGAGCCUGCUGGGCCCCAUCGCAGGGCAACUGCCCCGGGGCCCCGUGGGUGCUGCCUGCUACAGGGAGGGCAUCGGCCCAGGGUCCCGGCCUGAUGCUUUUGGAGAAGAGCUGGGUCCCAGGACCAGAGCGCGAAGCUCUCGGUGCCGCCUGGGCCUCUCCUGCUGGAGCAGGGAGGGAGAGCCCUGAACGUGGGCUGGGCUCUCCYGCAUCCCUUCAGCCUGUCCCUGUGAGUGUCCUCAAGCCAGUGCUGGCUGUCCCCAGUGCACGGUCCCUUCCUGCCCCGUUGGCCAUGCCGGCGGUGCUCCUUCCUAGCUCACCUGUAUCCCAAAGGGUCUAGUCCCGGCUGUGUCCGGACCUCACUGGGCUGGGGAUGGGGCUGUU